AUGACAACGACGGCCACUGCUAUUGAGCUGCAAACCGGCGCCGUCGAAGAACGAGGCACACGAUCCCAUGUCUACCCCCCGGCCGACGCCGACGAGGUACUGCAGGCCUCGCUGCUGGCCGACGCCCAGGUGCCCGACGGCGGAUACGCCUGGGUGGUGAUUGCGGGCUGCGCCGUGGUGACCUGGUGGUUCAUCGGCACCGCCUACUGCUGGGGAGUGCUGCAGGCGGCGCUUGUGCGCGAGGGAGUAGCCGCCGCGUCGACGCUGGCCUUUGUGGGUUCGUUGGCCCCUGCCUGCAUCUCUUUCCUGGGACUGGUGGAUGCGCGUCUUAUCCGUCACAUCGGCACCCGGGCGGCGGCAUUGGCGGGGAUCUUCCUGAUCGGACUGGGCGAGAUACUUAGUAGCUGGGCACUGGCUCAUAUCGGUGCACUCUUCGUCACGGCGGGCGUCACUGUGGGCAUCGGUACUAGUUUCUGCUUCAUGGUUGUCUCUGUCAUCACAGCGCAGUAUUUCAAGGCGAAACGUGGAAUCGCCAACGGCAUCGUCUAUGCUGGUGGUGGUCUCGGCGGCGCGGUGAUUAGUUUCGUGCUGAAUGCGCUCUUGUCGCGCGUGGGCAUCGCUUGGACCUUUCGCAUCCUCGGCUUUCUCAUCUGGGGGACUGGGUUACCGGCAGCGUACUUUAUCAAACAACGCGUGCCAAUUCCUCCGACGGCUCUAGUGGAAUGGCGUCUGUUCCGGGAUUUGCGCUUCUUACUCCUCUUCGCCGCUGGCGCCAUCGCCACGUUCCCCCUGCUGGUGCCGCCGUUCUUCCUGCCUCUCUAUACGGAUACAAUAAACAUGCCAUCAAGUGCGGGCGCCGGUGUGGUGGCAGCGUUCAACUUUUCCUCGGCGAUGGGACGAUUGCUCUGCGGAUUCUGCAGUGACCGACUGGGCCCGCUGAAUACGCUCUUCCUGUCGUUGCUGCUCAGUGCGCUGAGCAUGCUGAUCCUCUGGCCCGUGUCUACCUCGAUCGGACCAUUGAUUGUAUUCGUCAUUGUCAACGGCAUGUCGAACGGCGGCUUCUUCUCCACGAUGCCAACAGUAGUGGGCAACGUGUUCGGCUCGGCACGCGUGGGGGUCGCCAUGGGCAUGGUGGUGACGGGAUGGGCGGGGGGAUAUCUCAUGGGCGCUCCUAUUGCUGGAUACAUCCUUGAUGCCUCCGGGGGCCAGGGUGGCGUUGGCAAUUUCCGGCCGGCUAUUUUCUACGCGGGAGGAAUGGCGAUGACGGCGGCUUUGUUGGCGCUGUGGAUCCGAUUAAGGACAGAUAUGGGGGCAUUAAAGAGGCUGUGA